UCACUUUUCAGUAUUUCUGCAAGCUAGUCACGUGGGCCACCCUUUUUUCUUACAUUAUUAUUAACAUUGUGUGACACAGUCACACUGACACAGUACCUAUUGGAGAGUAUAAUGCCUGAGCUGUAAGCCUGUAAUGAAACCAAGAUUAUAGAUACACACAUAGUUACACACAUAUUUGUAUUUUAUAGUUUGAGUUGGAGAGGGAUAAUGGGGUGAUGGGAGCUUCUGGAAUCUGCUACUGACUCAAGCUAAAACCCCAUUUCUAGAUUUUACUCUUUUGGCUUUGUUAAUUUUCUGGCUUGGAUAUUGAGUUAAGUACUUGCAUUUGCUGGGUAGCUGGCCAUUUGUGCUCUGGCGCAAGAGGUUACAGGGAGGCACGACGCUGGCCUCCCAUUACUUGGACUUCUUUCACUGGUAUAUAGGGCAGGUUUUGGGAAGGCCUAAACCAAUUGUAUAUCUGUUAUUUGCUGGAGUAAUGUCGACGGCCUUAUUACACUCAGAGUCGAGGCGCCUGUAUUCUUGGUGGUGGGAUAGCCACAUUAGCCCAAAGAAUUCCAAAUGGCUUCAGGAAAAUCUUACAGAUAUGGAUGCCAAAGUGAAAGCAAUGAUCAAACUCAUUGAAGAAGAUGCAGAUUCCUUUGCAAGAAGGGCAGAAAUGUACUAUAAGAAACGCCCUGAGCUCAUGAAGUUGGUUGAGGAGUUUUACCGAGCAUACCGUGCAUUAGCUGAGAGGUAUGACCACGCAACAGGGGAGCUUCGCCAAGCUCAUCGAACUAUGACAGAAGCAUUUCCCAAUCAAGUACCAUUUGUACUGGCUGAUGACUCGCCCUCAGGAUCUGCUCAUGUUCCAGAGCCUCAUACUCCUGAAAUGCCACACCCGAUUCGUGCACUAUUUGGUCCAGAUGACUUGCACAAAGGUGCAGUGGGUCUUUCUGCAUCUGAUCUGCAUUCUGUAAAGAGUGGAUCUUCUUUUGGAGAUUGUGAUGCUGGGAUUAACAAAAAGGGGUUGAAACAGCUAUAUGAGAUGUUUGGUUCAGGAGAAAUUCUCCCACACAAAAUGAAGUUUGCAGAAGGACCAGGAAGAAAAGGAGUGGGAAAUCAUGGUAUAGGAGAGAAGGAAGAAAAUCUGCAUGAUGACUCGCAGGAAUCAGAAGAAAAUCAGAACCUAAAGAUCAAGAUCAUUUCCGAGUCCGAUCGUGCCAGUAAAGCUGAAAAUGAAGUUCAAAACCUUAAGAAGGUCCUUAAUGAUACGCUGGCUGAAAAGGAAGAUGUUCUUUCUCUCUAUCAGCAGAGUCUAGAGAAAUUGUCAAGUCUGGAAGGAGAACUUACUUGUGCAGAAAAGGAUUCAAGGAGGCUCAAGGAAGAAGCAAGCAAGGCUGAAUCUGAACUUUUUCAGUUCAAAGAAGCCAUAGUCAAAUUAGAAGCAGAAAAAGAUGCUGUUCUUAUUGAAAAUAAGAAUUAUCUAGAAAAGAUAUCUAGUCUAGAGGUUAUGGUAUCGCAUGCCAGCGAGGAUGUAAAAGGACUUGAUGAGCGAACAUUCAAAGCAGAAUUGGAAGCUCAAUAUUUUAAAAGUGAGUUAGCUAAAUUAGAGUCUGCAAAGGAAGUUAGUCUUCUUCAGUACAAGCAAUGUCUAGAGAAGAUUUCUGAUUUGGAGAAAAAAGUUUUCCUUGCCGAAGAAGAUGCCAGACGUCUUACGCGGCAAGCUGAAAGAGCUCAAACAGAAGUUGAGCAGCUUAAAACAACUCUGGCUGAAGUUACUGCAGAGAAAGAAUCAACUGCUCUUAAAUAUAAUCUCUCCCUAGAAAAAGUAUCGGCACUGGAGAGUAAGAUUUCCAGCGCCGAAGAGGAGGUCAGAUGCCUCAGUAAUGAGAUAGUGUUGGGGGCUACAAAACUAAGCCUAGCAGAAGGAAAGUCUGAUCUUUUGGAGAAGUCGAAUCAAACACUGCGGCUUGAGGCUGAUAAUUUAGUAAAGACUAUUGCGUCAAAAGAUAAAGAACUUUCUGAAAGGCAUGCGGAGCUAGAAAAACUUCAAGUCUGUAUACAAGAUGAGCAUAUGCGCUAUGUUCAAGUUCAAGGCAGUCUGCAUUCUCUGCAGAAUAUGUACUCCCAAUCUCAGGAGGAGCAGAGAAGUCUAGCUUUGAAGCUCAAAGAUGGACUUCAGGUCUUGAAGGAAAUGGAGAUGUGCAAGAAUGGUUUGGAGGAAGAAGUCCAGAAGUACAAGGACGAAAAUCAGAGCUUAAAUGAACUUAAUUCAACCUCUGCUAUUUCAAUUGCAGAUCUGCAUAAUGAAAUAAGUGGCUUGACAAUGUUGAAGGAGAGACUUGAAGAGGAAGUUACAUCACAAUUAGGUCAAAGUAAGUCCCUCCUGGAAGAAAUUUGUCGUCUCAAAGAGGAAAUUGCUCGAUUGAAUAUGAGUUACCAGACAUUGAUUAAGGAAUUGGAGUUAGUUGGUCUGAGCCCAGAAUGUGUUGUUACUUCUGUAAACAAUUUGCAGGACGAAAACUUAGAGCUAAGACAGAUCCAUGAGAACGACAAAGAUGAGAAGGAAACCCUUUUUAAGAGGUUGGCAAACAUGCAGGAACUUCUGGUUAAGAAUGCUUCACUGGAGAGCUUAUUGUCUGAUGUAAAUGGGAAGUUAGAAGGUUCACAUCAGAAGGCUUUUGAAUUGCAAGAGUCUUGCAAUAUUCUUCAUGCAGAAAAAUCUGAACUUGCUGCUGAGAAAGCCCUUAUUUUGUCUCAGUUACAGGUUAUCACUGAAAAUAUGCAAAAUUUACUUGAGAGAAACACUUUACUUGAGAACUCCCUUUCUAGUGCCAAUGUUGAAAUUGAGGGUUUGAGAACAAAAGCAAAGAGCUUGGAAGAUCUAUGCCAAUUGGUUGGUAAUGAAAGAGAUAAUCUCGUCGCAGAAAGAAGUGCCCUGGCAGUACAGUUGGAAACUGUUGGUCAGCGACUAGAUAGCAUGGAAAGGAAAUUCACAGAAUUUGAAGAAAAAUAUUCCGGCCUAGAGAAGGAGAAGGAUUCUACGCACUCUCAGUUGGAAGAUUUGAGGGUUUCUUUUAGAAUAGAGAAGGAAGAGCGAGCAAGUUUAUUACACUGGAGAGAAUCCCAUCUAGCUAGUCUGGAAAAUCAUAUCCACCUUCUACAAGAAGAAUGUAGGUGCAGAAACAAAGAAUAUCAGGAAGAACUUGAUAAAGGUGUUAUUUCCCAGUUUGAGAUAUUCAUGUUGCAGAAAUUUGUAAAAGAUAUGGAAGAAAAAAAUUGUAUGCUGUGGACAGAAUGUCAGAAACACAUUGAUGCUUCCAAAUAUGCAGAAACGCUGAUUACAGAGCUGGAGAAUGAAAACCUUGAACAACAGAUGGAGGGGGAUCUCUUAGUAGUUGAGAUUGAGAAGCUAAGAUUAGGGAUAUAUCAAAUUUUCAAGGCCCUCGAAGAUGUUCCAGAUAAUGGUACAGAUGAAAAGGUUAAAAACGAGCAAAUCUGUGUGCAUCAUAUUUUGGAAGAUGUUGCUAAUAUGAAGCUUUCUCUCGCACAGAGUAAUGAUGAUAAACAACAGUUAGUUGUUGAGAACUCAGUUCUCCUGUCCCUACUCCAGCAACUGAAAUUAGAAGGCCUGGAAGUUAUGUCCGAAAAGAAUAAUCUGGGUCAGGCUUUAAAAAGGAUGACAGAGAAGUUUUUUGUGGUGCAAUCUGAAAGACAAGAUCUUUUAGAGAUGAAUAGUCAGCUGAGAACUGAGCUGAGCAUGGAAAAACAUCAUUCGGACUUGCUUAUUACCGAUGUAGAGAGUCUCCAUGUGAAGCAGACUUGUAUGGAGUGUGCGUAUCUUGAACUACAAGAGGAAUAUUCUCAAGCCCUUGAAGAUAAUAGAACUAUGUUGAAGAAGUUUUCAGUCCUGAAGGAGGAGAAACUUAUAGUGGAAAAGGAAAAUAACACUAUUCUCUUGGAAAUGUUGACAUCGGACUGUAUAUCCACAAUUUAUGAAGGUUUUAAAUCUGAGGAUGCAGAAGAACUGAAAGCACUAAUUGAAGAUCUAAACAAUCUUCAUGGGGUUCAUGAUGAACUUGAGAAGGAGGCUAGUGCAUUGAGAGAGAAGUUGGAUAUUAAUGCAACAGAAAAUCUACGAAUGCAGAAUGUAGUUGAAAAGGUAGAGAUGGAAUUAUCUGGUGUAAAAUAUCAAAACUGUAGACUAAAGCAGGAAAUAUCAAGCGGAGCAGAUUUGCUGAGCCAUAGAGAAAAGCAACUUUCUGAUGCAGAGCAGAAGAUUAUGAUAACAGAAAACUUGAACUCGGAGUUGUGCAGAAGUCUAGAGGAAUUAAAGAAGGUAUAUAAGGAAACAGAAAUAGCGAAAGAAAAUUUAGAGGUUCAAAUUCUUCAACUGUCUCAUAAUAAUAUGAGCCAACAUGAGGAAAUUCAAGUACUUCUUGAAGUUAAAGGAGAAUUAGAAGCCAAACUUUGCAAGUUGAAUGAACAGAUAGUGGAAAGAAGAAUUCGAGAAGAGAACUUGAAUUCCGAACUGCAAGAGAGGCACAAAGAGUUUGAACUGUAUGAUGCUGAAGCUUCAACAUUUUAUUUUGACCUUCAAGUCUCUGCUACUCGUGAAGUUCUGGUCGAAGAAAAGGUUCAUGAACUUACUGGAGUGUGUGAAACUCUUCAAUCUGAAAGUGCUUCUAAGACAGAAGUGAUUGAACAGAUGAAAGAAAGAGUUAACUCCAUGGAGAGAGAAAUUGGGGGACUAAAAGCCCAGCUACUUGCAUAUGCCCCUGCUAUUUCCUCGCUGAAGGAUGACAUAAAAUCUCUUGAGCAGAGUACACUCUCUUGGGGAAAGCAUGUUGGAGCUGUAAAUCAAUCACCAAAGGAUGUCGAAAUGGAGGCUCCCACUCAUGGAAAAGGAGCGAUAGAUGUGCAACAGUAUCCCAUGCAAGAUGGACUUUCAGAUUUGCAGAUGUUGCGGAAUAGGAUUAAAGAAGUUGAGAAAGCAGUGGUUGAACAAAUGAACAAGAAUGAGAUUCACAUGAAAGAUAUUCCACUUGAUCAUGUCUCUGACCGGUCACCAUAUGGAGGUAGCAGAAGAGGGACUAGUAGCGCAGAUGAUCAGAUGCUGGUGCUAUGGGAAACGGAUGAUGCUGAUCACACUGACAUUAAUCAAAAGGAGGUUUAUAAAACAUUUGGAGAUAAUAUUGUUUAUGAUCAUUCCGAAGAUGCACAAAACAGGAACACACAUCCGUCUUCAGCAUCGGAAAUGGAAAAAGAGUUGGGCGUCGACAAGUUACUGGUCUCUACAAGCAAAUCCAAGCCUGAUUUUGGAGGGAACCACAAGAAAAUAUUAGAGAGAUUGGGUUCAGACGGGCAAAAACUGGCAACUAUUCAGUUAACAGUGCAGGAUCUUAGAAGGAAACUAGAAACAAACAAGAAAAGCAAAAAGGCUAAGAAUGUUGAUUUGGAAACGGUGGAGGAACAGUUGCAAGAAGUUGAGGAGACCACUGUACAACUCUUUAAUCUCAACGGCCAAAUGACCAGGAAGAUAGAGGAGAUUUUAUUUUAUGCCGAUGGGAAGAGUUCUACCGAGCUAGAGGAGGCUGUUAGUGUCCAGAAGAAGAGAGUUGCAGAACAGGUACGAAAAGGGUCCGAGAAGAUUGGAAGGUUGCAGUUGGAGGUCCAAAAGAUCCAGUAUGUCUUGAUAAAACUAGAUGAUGAGAAGAACAGCAAAGGAAAAAACCAAGCUUCGAAGUCCAAGAGUAGAACCACAAUUAUUCUGAGAGACUUCAUUCUUCACCGUGGAAAGAGAAGCAGUGGAAGGCGAAAGAAGGGUCGAUUCUGUGGCUGUUUUAAGCCUUCUGUCGGAGAAGUUAACAUCUAAUCCAUCAAUUCUCUGGUUAGCUAUUAGCUAAAGUUUCCUGCAAUGCUACUCUCAUUAGAUUUCCUAGUUUUAGUUGCAUAAAAUGUUAGUCAUAAAAUUUAUAUUGGAUGUAAUAAAUCUUCAUAAGCUCCUCUUACACAUUUAACAAUAAUGUCCAAGUUGAAUCUUAUCCUGAA